AUGAACACCUCUCUCCACGCCGCAGCGCGCCCCGCGAGGCUCGCCACCAACGCGCGCACGGCGCGCACCUGCGUCCAGGCUUCGCGCAACAGCCCAGGCCUCUCGCAGCUGCAGGGCCUGACGGAGUACCAGGCCGCGGCGGGCGCGGACUCCGCGAACCGCUUCCAGCGAGGCGUGCGUGCCAUCCGGAAGAGGCUCGGCUUCGGCAGGAAGUCGAGCGGCAAGGAUCUGGCGUCGGUUGCAUCAGUGCAGGAGCCGGCCGACGCCUGGGCGGUCAACGCUGGCGGCGAGAAGCACUCGUGGGACCGCGAGUCCAUGGACGCGGCCCAGGUGGAGGCCAUCAAGGAGGCCGCGGGCUACCAGUGA